GCUUCUGCUCGACGGCGAUAUGUAUUUGGAUGCCGUGUGGUGGUUUAGGGUGUCUCUGGAGGGCGUUGUCUUCUUAAUUGGUGUCCCUGGCAACCUACUCAUCAUCCAUGUGUACGCGUCCAAGAAGUCAAAGGUCACACCUCACGUCUUCAUCAUCGGAUUGGCUGUUGCUGACUUCACAGUUUGUCUACUGCGGAUAAUUACCCUGGUCCAACUUUUCCCGCCAAUGGACAAGUUCAGCGCGUCCAGUCAGUUCUUCUGCCGCGUGCCGCCCAGUAUUGACGUCUGGCCGAAGUAUACCUCCAUACUUCUGACCUCGGCCGUGGCGGUUGACCGCUAUCUGGCCAUCUGCCGACCGCAUGGGCGUCGGAUGACCGUGCGACGGGCCCGCCAUGCCGUCUAUGCCUGCUUUGCUGUGUCUGCGGUCUUCACGCUUUCGUAUCUGUUCAUCUACGGAGUCACGCCGCUCAAGGACGGCACCACGGCUUGCCAAUUCGUCGUUCCGCACGCGGUCAUCACUGCUGAGUUCAUCCUCCUCAUGAUUUCCUUUCUUGCCUCGCUUGUAAUGAUCGUGGUGUUGUACGCUAAGAUCUACCGGACAGUCAACCGGAUGGCUAAGGUGCGUCCGGGGAACACCGUCCACCGCGGUGCCUUGCAUGGACUGUCCCGUGUAAACCGCGACGAUUCAACGGCAAGGGCGGAAGGCAUCACACCCAACCAACUCAUAACCGUGGUCUCCCGUAAAACCAACCCCGAGAUUCAACAAGACACAUCGGUAGAUGAGCUUGAAGCUCAAGUAAAGCCCCAUCAACCACAACCCGAACCGAGAACCUCGACCGAUCCGGUAAGGACAAAACUUGCGUGGAACGCCGAUCAUCAGAUUGAGGAGUUACCAAUUCUGAAACCGCCUACCGAAGCCACGGUACCCAGCACCAGUAGCACAAUAACUCGUCACAACACCUCACUUGCGAGCCCAUCAUCUCAAGCCACAAAUGAAGCCACGGGGACCGAAAGCGACCAAUCAAAUGCCCCACAAUUCCACAAGAAAACCACGCUGAUGUUGCUUCUGUCUACCAUAGUCUUCGUCGUCACACUCUUACCAGUGUGUAUCGUUCUGAUAGCCUACCCGCUCAUCUUACCGCUGUUGCACAUUGAGGCAUUUCGGUUCCUAGUCAACGUGGCUUCCUACCUGAACCUAGUCAACAACGCGGCCAAUCCUGUCCUGUUCAGCUUCGUCAACCGCCGUUUCCGUGAAGACAUGAAAAGAUCGCUUCGGAAACUAAGCCGUGGGGGCUGCCGUUUUCGCGACUAGUCGCAAUAUUCCCACUUCACAAGGGCUUCAAAAUCUCACGGCGUUCUCACUCAUAAAACAUACUGGGAAAAGAUGUUCCAGAAAUGGAAGACUCCAUUUCCCCUAAAAAAAAGGAGGGGUUGAACGAGAGGA